AGCCUCACCUAACGGGCCGAAUUCCCUGCAGGUGAAGAUCCGAAGAGCAGGCAAACAUCCCUCCCGUGGAUUCCAAAGCCAGCCCCAGCUAGUGCCUCAGUUUCCCCAAAGAAACGGCCAAAAUGAAGAUGCUGAACUCGAAACGCCUGCAUAUCGGGGCCCUGACUGGGCUGCUCCUCCUCCUCAUUGCAGCUCUCGUUGGCCUUUUCUUUGGGCUCCGCUCUAAGCCACCCUUUCCUCCCCAAGAAGAUGGCCACAUCUACAAGAGUGCCGCUGUGGCCACGGACGCAGGGCCCUGCUCUGUCGUGGGCAGUGAUAUCCUUCAAAAGGGUGGCUCGGCCGUGGACUCUGCCAUUGCAGCUCUCCUCUGCGUGGGCCUGAUGAACCCCCACAGCACGGGCAUCGGAGGGGGGCUCGUCUUCACCAUUUAUACAGCGGACGGGAAAGUGGAAGUCAUCAACGCCAGGGAGACGGCUCCAAGAAAUGCGUUCCGGGAUAUGUUUGGCAAUGACACACAGCUGUCCAAGAAAGGAGGGUUGUCCAUUGCAAUUCCAGGGGAGAUCCGUGGAUACGAAAUAGCUCACAAACGGCACGGCAAGCUGAAGUGGGAGGAGCUGUUUCUGCCCAGCAUCGAACUGGCGCGGAAGGGUUUCCCGGUUGGGAAAGGCCUGGCAGGAGCCCUGGCGUCUAGAAAGGAAGCGAUUGAGAGCAACCCGUCCAUGUGUGCGGUCUUCUGCAGAGAUGGGCAAGUCCUCCAGGAGAAUGAGAUUCUCACCCUCCCCAAACUGGCCCGCACCUACGAGAUCUUAGCCGAGGAGGGUCCAGAUGCAUUUUAUACCGGGAGCUUAGCUCAGCAAAUUAUAGACGACAUCACAGCCGCAGGAGGGAACAUGACUCUGGACGACUUGAGAGACUACACGCCGAUUCUAGAUGAAAAUCCUUUAAAAGUCCACAUAGGAGAGCUCACCAUGUUUGCACCCAAUGCCCCCUUUAGCGGCGCUGUGCUGGCCCUGGCUCUCAACAUCUUGAAAGAAUUUAAUUUCUCCGUCAGCGACGUGGAGACUCUGGAGAAAAGGGUCUUGACUUACCACCACAUCAUCGAGGCCUUCCGCUUUGCUUACGCCAAGAGGACUUUACUGGGGGACCCUGCGUUUGUCAACAUUGCCGGGGUCAUCGAAAACAUAACCUCGGAGCACUUUUCGGAGAAGCUGUGGGCCAAAAUCACCAAUGAGACUCAUGAAGUCAGCUACUACGAGCCAGAAUAUUACUCUCCGGGCGACUCUGGGACAUCCCACCUCUCUGUGGUGUCCGCAGACGGGAGCGCUGUGGCUGCCACCAGCACCAUCAACCAAUACUUUGGCUCAGACGUCCUUUCUCCGGUGAGCGGCAUCCUGUUCAAUAACGAGAUGGAUGACUUCAGCUCCCCGCUCAUCAUCAACGGCUUUGGGGUCCACCCAUCUGUGGCGAACUUCAUCGCCCCAGGGAAGCGUCCUUUGUCUUCCAUGUGUCCAUCUAUCCUAGUGGAUAAGGAGAACAAGGUCCGGAUGGUGGUCGGUGCUUCUGGAGGGACGAAGAUCACCACAGCAACAGCAUUGACCAUUCUCCGUUCCCUCUGGUUUGGCUACAACAUUAAGGAGGCGGUGGAGGAGCCUCGCAUCCAUAACCAGCUCUUCCCUUCCCUCACCGUCCUGGAGAAUGAGGUGGAGCAGGAAAUAGAAGAUGGAUUGAAGAAGAGAGGACACGAGAUUGAGAGGACCAGCAGGGGAGCUGUGGUCCAGGCCAUCCUGUGGACAGAAGAAGGCUGGUCGGCUGCCUCAGACUCUCGGAAGGGGGGAAUCCCUGCAGGAUACUAAACUGGCUCCAAGUUUGAACGGAUCAUGGACAUAAUUGCAGAUUGAUCAGUUUCUUCUGGUCACCCACUGAAACAAGUCCACCUGCACUGUGCUGUGGUGGAUCACACAUCAGCAGAAAAUCCCAUGCCUCUGAGAUGUUUCAGAACCAGGAAGUAACCUCCAACCAUUGAUCUAUACUGCCCCAGUCACCAUGGCAUUAGAGGAAAUUCAUAUAUUGGUUAUGACGAAUGGAGAAAGCCACCACGAAAGGGCCUGCUUGCAUGAGGAUGAUGUUUUGAGAAUUGCCCUGGUAUGAAAUGGUUCACUUGAGGAAAGAUCUAUGAGAGGCAGCGAGGGAUAUCUCCUUCCUCAUUCUCACCUCCACAAUGAAACUCUUUUAUGGCCUGUCAGAUAUCGUCACCAAAUAAAUAGGAUGGAUUUGAGGGCCUUCCUGAUUAACUUAGGAGAAAAGGCGGCGAAAGGAUUGCGAUGAGAACAGUCACCUCAGCUGCAACAUCUCACAUCUUAAAAGAAACAGCAUUUAAACUGGUCUGCCCCAGUUGACUGAGCGGUCGUUGGACUGUGGUGGAUUUUGAUGCGUUCAGAAACUGAAAGGCAUUAACAGAAGUGGAGAGAAUCUUUUCAGCUGCUGGUCCAGGAAGUAAACACUCUGCCAAACAGCAGGGUUUUUUUUAAAAAUAAAUAAAUAGGGAAAUUAAAACAUUUAUAACUGCUUCUCAGGUAUUAAAAUAAUCUUAGUCCACUUCAUUUAAUGUUGUUUUGUUCUUAGUGUUGAGCGGUUACAGCUUUCGGACCAAAAUACCUUUAUAUUUGGAUUUUCCCCCAGUGGGAAUAUCUGGGGAUGUUGACAAUGCCAAAGGGUUAGAUCCUGUCCCCUUGCAAAGUCAUCUGGAGGAGGAUGACAAGCUGUCUUUGGCCAAUCUUCUAACAAUAAAAAAUGAAUAUUUUACUUGGAA